AGGUACCCGCAAGAUUGCGAUGUGAAACACCAUGUUCGGUCCCCGCAGAGCCUUAAAAUUCCGAUUGCCCAGCCUAAGAACCCAGUCGCAACAGACACUACGAUUCACACCUCAGAUUUCAAGAAGCGCUAGCACUACAACCCAUCAAACUUCACCUGGACCGUCGAAGUGGCCUCGGCGACUGAUCUAUGCCGGAAUAUUUGGCGGUCUCGGGGUCGCAGCGGGGAAAUGGAUGGACGAUAAGGUUUCUGCGCCAGCAGAACCAGGAACGAGGGAGGAUACCCUGAAAAUGGAAGAGAUUCGACGUGCAUACGAGAUUGGUCUGCCCAUCGUGCAAGAGCUGCGAAACAAUCCGGACUACGUGGAAGCGGACGUGUAUGGGAAUUAUACCGAGGACGAUAAGCAGCAGAGGCUUACUUCCGGUCCACUGAAGGGCAGUCGAGCAUUAGCGCUACAGAAAGUCUUUUGGAACGAUAAGGAGCAGAAGGCUAUCAGUGUUGUCUUCCUCGGAAAUGGCCUCGAAGGAUGGCCAACUAUCGUCCACGGUGGGGCUCUUGCCACUGUCAUCGAUGAGAAUCUAGGCCGUGUGGCAAUCCGGUCUUUCCCGGAGCGCACAGGAGUUACUGCGAACCUAGAGAUAAAGUAUCGCACUCCUGUCUAUUCGGGCAAUUUCUAUACCUUCCACUCCAGGAUCGAUCGAGAACGGACCACCGAUCGCAAAGCGUACGUGACGGGAGAAGUGCGCGACCCGGUUGGAAGGGUGUGUGUCCAAGCGUCUGCGCUCUUCGUCGUUCCCAAGAAGUACAAGCUUCAGGAGAUUGGUGAACAGUACUGAUAAGCCUUUACAACUAUACGAGACCUACCAAUGGAUCUUUCCUUGACUCACUGGAAAUUAGCGCCCUAGGCUGAGGGGGAUUCUUCGAAGUACUGGGGCACUCACCCAGAAAUUAGAUCCUUGUCCAAGAAAAAUCCUUCCUGGGUGGUUGUUUUCUCCUUAAUUUACGGACCAGCUCACUCAGAUACAUGGCGUCAUCAUUUCUGUAUAUAAACUGUCAUACUGUAAAAGAGAAUAGAGAAUCUCUGUGGAGUGAUAAACUUAAUUGACUACAUGGUAUAUGGAACCAAGUUAGUAACGUCAUGUGUUCAAGCCUUU